UGAGGUUUGAUUAGAGGCAAGCGAGGAUCCUGCCCGGACUCCAGUUGUCCUCGGCUCCUCCUCCUGUCGUUGCCUGCGUGAUUCCCGGGACUCAGAAGCACAGAUUGUGUGGGUAUGGUCUGAAGUUGUGAUCAAGAGUUGAGUAGCCCUGGCUGGUGUAUCUCAGUGAUAGCUCAGACUUUAAUUUAAUGAAGAUGGACCAUACAUCCCCGACCUACAUGCUUGCUAACUUAACACACUUACAUUCUGAACAACUUCUGCAGGGUCUGAAUCUUCUUCGUCAACAUCAUGAACUCUGUGACAUCAUUCUUCGAGUAGGUGAUGUUAAAAUUCAUGCUCACAAAGUGGUACUUGCCAGCAUCAGCCCAUAUUUCAAAGCUAUGUUUACUGGAAAUCUUUCUGAAAAAGAGAACAGUGAGGUUGAGUUUCAGUGCAUUGAUGAAACUGCUCUCCAGGCUAUUGUGGAAUAUGCCUACACAGGGACUAUUUUUAUUUCACAGGACACAGUGGAAUCUCUCCUUCCAGCAGCAAACCUACUCCAGAUAAAACUUGUCCUGAAAGAAUGUUGUGCAUUUCUUGAAAGCCAACUUGAUCCUGGUAAUUGUAUUGGAAUUUCUCGUUUUGCAGAGACGUAUGGUUGUCAUGACCUUUAUUUGGCAGCCACUAAAUAUAUAUGCCAGAAUUUUGAAGCUGUUUGCCAGACUGAAGAAUUUUUUGAGCUUACACAUGCUGAUUUGGAUGAAAUUGUUUCCAAUGACUGUUUGAAUGUAGCUACCGAAGAGACUGUUUUUUAUGCACUUGAAUCUUGGAUCAAUUAUGAUGUACAAGAACGCCAGAAAUACUUAGCACAGCUACUUAACAGUGUGCGAUUACCAUUGCUAAGUGUUAAGUUUCUCACUAGAUUGUAUGAAGCAAAUCAUCUUAUUCGUGAUGACCGUACUUGUAAACAUCUUUUGAAUGAAGCCCUAAAGUACCACUUUAUGCCUGAACAUAGACUCUCUCAUCAGUCAGUCUUGAUGACACGACCUCGCUGUGCUCCCAAAGUACUUUGUGCAGUAGGAGGAAAAUCUGGACUGUUUGCCUCUUUGGAUAGUGUGGAGAUGUACUUUCCUCAGAAUGACUCUUGGAUUGGUUUGGCACCCCUAAACAUGCCUCGCUAUGAAUUUGGAAUAUGCGUUUUAGACCAAAAAGUGUAUGUUAUAGGUGGUAUUGAAACUGAUGUGCGUCCUGAUUUCACUAUCAGAAAUCAUGAAAAUUCAGUAGAAUGCUGGAAUCCUGAUACAAAUACCUGGACUUCUCUUGAGAGAAUGAGUGAGCACCGAAGUACCCUUGGAGUGGUAGUACUUGCAGGAGAACUUUAUGCUUUAGGUGGUUAUGAUGGACAGUCUUAUUUACAGUCUGUAGAGAAGUAUAUUCCCAAAUUAAGAAAAUGGGAACCUGUGGCACCAAUGACUACAACACGAAGUUGUUUUGCUGCAGCUGUGCUGGAUGGAAUGAUAUAUGCCAUUGGUGGGUAUGGUCCCGCCCACAUGAACAGUGUGGAGCGUUAUGAUCCAAGUAAGGAUUCCUGGGAGAUGGUUGCAUCUAUGGCAGAUAAAAGGAUCCACUUUGGUGUGGGUGUCAUGCUGGGCUUUAUUUUUGUGGUAGGUGGACAUAACGGUGUCUCACAUUUGUCAAGCAUUGAAAGAUAUGAUCCUCAUCAAAAUCAGUGGACUGUGUGUAGACCAAUGAAAGAACCCAGAACAGGAGUUGGUGCUGCAGUAAUCGAUAACUACCUUUAUGUAGUCGGUGGUCACUCAGGGUCUUCCUAUCUGAACACCGUGCAGAAAUAUGACCCUAUCUCAGAUACAUGGCUGGAUUCAGCUGGCAUGAUAUACUGUCGCUGCAAUUUUGGGUUAACUGCACUUUGACAAGUGUGGACUCAUGGAAAUAGUGAGGUGAAGAACUUCGUGCCGCAUAAAAGGAGCCCAAUUUUCUGAAACCCCAAAGCUGCAUUGCUUUUUAACUUGAAAUGUCAUGAAGACUCAGCAUUUUGUUGGGUACUUUGAACUGACAAGUAGCUUUGGUUGCUCUUGAUUACAGUGAAUCAAUAAUCAAAAAAAAAAAAAAAAAAAGGAAAGAUCUUGCCAAUUGAAUUGUGCACCUUUUUCCUUUAAUACUGGCAUAAAGUAGUUUCUUUUAAUUUUAUUUAUUGCUUUUAGAGAAAGAGGAAGGGAGAGGAAUAGAGAUAGCAACAUUGGCAAGAGAGAAACAUCGAUCAGCUGCCUCCUGCAUGUCCCGCACUGGGGAUUGAGCCUGAAACCCAAGCAUGUGCCCUAACCAGGAAUUAACCAGUGACCUCCUGGUUAACGGAUUGAUGCUCAACCACUGAGCCACACCAGCUGGGCUGACAUAAAGUAGUUUUAUGUUCAUAAGUGUACAUGUGAAAAACUUAGUUUUUAAAAAUAUUUUUAGCUCUCUCCCUCCUUAAUAUGCACCAUGAUUACUAGGAUGAAUGAUGUUUAGAUGCUGCAAUGUAGUGAAUGUCUGGACAGAGUACUGAUACUGUCUAUUGGAUAUAAGUUCAAAUGCUUCACAUUUUAAAUAAAGGGCUGCACUUUUUUGGUACUUUUAAGGGGUAUAAAUUACACGCUCUAGUGAAUCACCUGGACAUUCUUCCUGCUAAAUGGCUUUAGGGCUGGGGCUGUAAUAACUUUGCAAAACAAAUGCUUUUACUAUCAUGAUAUUUGGGGGCCUGUUAAAAGAUAUUUACUGUUUAUAUCUUUUUUACAUGGGCAGGUUAAUGCUGGAAGAAGUUACUUAUCCAGUUUUGCUAUGCUAAGCAUGGAUAGAGUUAAGCACAUCAGUUUAUUUUUUUAGUAGUACAGCAAGCUUCCCAGUGUUGAUGCACAUAAAUGACAAAUAUUUAGUAUCACCCUUAGUGCAUAUUGAUUUUUUUAUAUAUCCUUAUAAUAAUUUCAGGUUUUAAGACAUUUGUUUGCUUUUUCAAAGUGUUUUUAGAUAUAAAAAUGGUGCUAAUGUAGGAGCUAUAACAAGGCUAUAACGAUGUUCCUUUGGAUGUUCAGUAUGAAAUGUGCAUGACAUGUUUUGAUAGUAUUUUUCAUUUUGACUGGCUUGAUUUAUUUGUGCUUAUUAAAAAUGUUAGUGAAUAUACUAAUGUUAACAUCCAAAAAUGAUCUAAAUGAUAUUCUAUGCUUUCCAUGGUUCCUGAAUAAUGAUUUAAAGAAAGAUACAUUUUUUUAUCUUCUUUCUUGUGCUAGAUAUUACAUGUCCUUCUAAAAAAACAAAAAUAUAUGCAUUAAAUAUAAAGCACUAGGCAGUUAUGCAUUACUCCACAUUUCUUGGUAACUGAAAAUUUUAAAGUCAUUGAGGAAAACUGGAACUCAUUGUUUACUUGAGUAAUGGUUCUAAAUUUGGUUCUACUUUGACUAAAGAAAUGAUCUUUUAAAGCAAAAUGGUUUGCUAUUGCCAAGUGACAGCUUAUUUAAAAGAAGUGGAUGAUUCAUUUUGUUUUAGCAUGUUUUACAAAAUGUCCAUUAUACUUGAACACAUUACCUUGCAUUUUAUUAGGAUGUCGGUACUUUUAUUUUUGUUACUAUAGUAAUUUCAUUUUCUUUUUCAUUAUUUUUUUUUACUUGUCCACCAUCUCUUUAUAGUCUAAAAAACCAGUGAAUAUUUGUAAGAAAAAUUAUACUGCAUUCUUAAGUGCCAUAAGGUUCUCUAAACUAUUGUUAAGAAGCCAUUUGUAAUUAUAAAACGUAAGUUAAUUUGUUAGCAUACAUGUUAUUUCUUAAAAACUUUAGCUGGCAAUUUGCUGUUUUCCUUGUUCUUCCAUAAACUGCCAGUUGUAGAUUUAAAUAUAUACUACCAAAUUAUUUAAAAGUCAUCUUUAAACACAAGUAGUAUCAUGCUUUAUGAAUAUUUGCACAGAUUAUAAAACCUUGCAAGUGAUUUUUAGUCUCUUGUAAGUAAGAACUCAACAGGAGCUACUAAUAAACUUCACAGGCUAUUUUCUAUGUUGCUUGUUUAAAUCACAAUGAUAUAUAGCAAUAACUUUUUAAUUGAUUUAAAUAAAUUUUGUGGAUAGAAACAAGGUGCAUUAUUGUGAUUGGCCUAGACUUUAUUUAAAGAAAAAGCAAUUUAAAAUGGAUUCCAUCACAUAUUUGGUUUAAAUUUCCCAACUCAGUUUUCUUUCUAUUUAUAUCAAUAAAGUUGUUAAAUACA